UUUUCCUUUUUUUUUUUAAACGCUCUCGACGUUUGCCACGCUUUGUUGGUCGAUCUUUGACCUCUCCGAUCCCAAGAAUCCGAACCUUGAUCCCUCGACGAGGAGAAGAGGGAUAGGUUUCGCCGGAAAGUAGUCUCCGCCGGAGAAGACGGUGGCGGGGGAAUGGGUCAGUGUCAAGGGAAGAACAUAUCUGUGAAGGAGGAUGGGGAUGGAGUGGAGAACAGUCGCCACCAUCGCCGGAGAAGCACGCCGACGCAUCCAUCUAAUGGCUUCUCGUCCUCCGCGGCCACGCCGACUGCGGCUACGCCGCUCCACCAUUCGUUGGGUAACUUCUGGCCUAGUCCAUACCCGCCGGGCUCCGCCACGGGGAGCCCCCUUCCGGCAGGGAUCGCACCUUCGCCCGCUAGGUCUACUCCUCGCCGAUUCUUUCGCCGACCAUUCCCCCCUCCUUCACCUGCUAAGCACAUUAAGGCUUCGCUUGUGAAGCGCUUUGGAGCGGCGAAGCCUAAAGAGGGAACUAUCGUCGAGGAUGUCGGGGCUGUAGCUGCGUCACCUGAGGUGGAGAGGCCUUUGGAUAAGACAUUUGGGUACGGGAAGCACUUUGGGGCUAAAUAUGAGCUCGGGAAGGAGGUGGGGCGGGGGCAUUUCGGCCAUACUUGCACAGCGAGGGUGAGGAAGGGGGACAUGAAGGGACAGAUCGUAGCUGUGAAGAUCAUUUCCAAAGCUAAGAUGACUACAGCUGUUGCAAUUGAAGAUGUUCGUAGGGAGGUGAAAAUACUAAAAGCUUUGUCUGGGCAUAAAAACCUUGUCAAAUUUUAUGAUGCAUGUGAGGAUGCCCUUAAUGUCUACAUAGUAAUGGAGUUGUGUGAAGGUGGAGAAUUGUUAGAUAGAAUCUUAUCCAGAGGUGGAAGGUAUAUGGAAGAAGAUGCAAAGGGAAUUGUUUCUCAGAUUUUGAGUGUAGUUGCCUUUUGUCAUUUACAAGGUGUUGUACAUCGUGAUCUAAAACCGGAGAACUUUCUCUUCACUAGUAGAGAUGAAAAUGCACCCAUGAAGAUUAUUGAUUUUGGUCUUUCAGAUUUUAUUCGACCAGAUGAAAGAUUAAAUGAUAUUGUUGGGAGUGCUUAUUAUGUUGCUCCUGAAGUUUUGCAUAGAUCAUAUAAUACUGAAGCAGAUAUAUGGAGUAUUGGUGUAAUAACAUAUAUCUUGCUAUGUGGCAGCAGACCUUUUUGGGCACGUACAGAAUCUGGAAUAUUUCGGUCUGUGCUGCGAGCUGAUCCUAAUUUUGAUGAUUCUCCAUGGCCUACCAUUUCAAUAGAUGCUAAAAACUUUGUUAAAAGACUUCUAAAUAAAGAUUAUAGGAAGAGAAUGACGGCUGCACAGGCUUUGACUCAUCCUUGGUUGUGGGAUGGAAACAGGCAAGCCUCUCUCGAUAUUAUUAUAUUUAAGUUAGUCAAAUCAUAUAUCCGUGCCACACCUCUCAAGCGUGCUGCGCUAAAGUCCCUCUCUAAAGCUCUAACGGAGGAUGAGCUUUUAUACCUCAAGUCCCAGUUCAGGUUGCUAGAACCAAGCAAGGAUGGGCGCAUAUCCAUCGAUAAUUUUAAAAUGGCACUCUUAAGAAAUGCUACCGAAUCAAUGAAAGAGUCCAAGGUUCCUGAUAUAUUGAAUAUGUUGGAACCUCUUUCUAGCCGAAGAAUGGACUUUGAAGAGUUCUGUGCUGCGGCCAUUAGUCCAUAUCAGCUGGAAGCUUUGGAUGGAUGGGAACAAAUGGCCAUCAAAGCUUUUGAAUUUUUUGAGCAGGAAGGCAACAGAGUCAUCACAGUUGAAGAGCUUGCACAAGAAAUGAAUCUGGCUACAACUGCGUACUCUAUUAUUCAAGAAUGGAUCAGACCUUCAGACGGUAAGCUCAGCUUUCUCGGCUACACUAAAUUUUUGCAUGGUGUUACAAUUCGAGGCUCCAAUAUUCGCCGUCAGUAGGCUCUUUUUUCGAUUCAUGCAAUUGUUUCAUUCCUAUAUUCAUAUUCCAUCUGCCUUCCCACCCUUUUUUUUUUUUUUUUGUGUGUUUUAGCACACUUAAUAACUGAAUUUAGUUGCCUGUAAAGAUCAAAAUGUGAAUUGAAAAGAAUAACUUCAGUGGCCUUCUAUGUAAUUCUAUAA